AUGGAAAGAUGUGGGGUGAUGAAAGAGAGCCAUGCCACCACCACUCAGUGCAGCCAGAAGAGGAAGAGAGCCAGAAGAGGAAGUGGUGCCAGCUCUACCCACCACUCAGAGGAGCCAGGGCCAGAAGAGGAAGAGGUGCCAGCUCUACCCACCACUCAGAGGAGCCAGGGCCAGAAGAGGAAGAGGUGCCAGCUCUACCCACCACUCAGAGGAGCCAGGGCCAGAAGAGGAAGAGGUGCCAGCUCUACCCACCACUCAGAGGAGCCAGGGCCAGAAGAGGAAGAGGUGCCAGCUCUACCCACCACUCAGAGGAGCCAGGGCCAGAAGAGGAAGAGGUGCCAGCUCUACCCACCACUCAGAGGAGCCAUAAGAGGAAGAGGUGCCAGCUCUACCCACCACGCAGAGGAGCCAGAAGAGGAAGAGGUGCCAGCUCUACCCACCACGCAGAGGAGCCAGAAGAGGAAGCGGUGCCAGCUCUACCCACCACUCAGAGGAGCCAGGGCCAGAAGAGGAAGAGGUGCCAGCUCUACCCACCACUCAGAGGAGCCAGGGCCAGAAGAGGAAGAGGUGCCAGCUCUACCCACCACUCAGAGGAGCCAGGGCCAGAAGAGGAAGAGGUGCCAGCUCUACCCACCACUCAGAGGAGCCAGGGCCAGAAGAGGAAGAGGUGCCAGCUCUACCCACCACUCAGAGGAGCCAGGGCCAGAAGAGGAAGAGGUGCCAGCUCUACCCACCACUCAGAGGAGCCAGGGCCAGAAGAGGAAGAGGUGCCAGCUCUACCCACCACUCAGAGGAGCCAGGGCCAGAAGAGGAAGAGGUGCCAGCUCUACCCAAGCGCAAAGGAUAGAGAAGUCAGCUGCUGGUGUUCUCAGUGCAACACACCCGUCUGCAAAGAGCACUUGUCACAUGCUUGUGGUUUGUAACAAAUGCAUGGACGAAGACAGCAUAAGUAAACAUCACACACAUGCUUGUGGUUUGUAACAAAUGCAUGGACGAAGACAGCAUAAGUAAACAUCACACACAUGCAAACUUUGUUCCUUUUAGUGUUCAUGUUUUCUAAAUUCACAUUUGUUAGUG